UAUAUGCUAGUCAUGACAUCCCUUCGUCAUGCGCCCGCACAGCUGUCCUUCAUGUGCAAUUGUAGUCUACGCAUAUUGACGAUACAGAGACUCGUAUAUGCGACCCGCAUUGUACUGCGCAAUCCUCAUGAACGUGUCCCAAUUCCUGCACCGGUACUACGAUAACACCUUUCUCUCUACUCGGUUUCCCAGGUCCGACUGACCUCCUCGCCAUGCCUUCCUCCUCCUCCUCUUCUUCGACCUCUACGCGCCGGGAUUCCUCUACCUCUGAACAAGCACCAGAUCUCAGUAUCACUGCUGAUGAUCAAGUCUACCUCCAUACCGCAGGUUACGAUGCGCCCGAGCGUGGCCUGGUCUCCAGCUUCGCGCGUUUCCGCUCUUCGCCUCUCGACUUCAUACGCGAGAUCUCCCUCCAUGUCUCGGGCACAGGAUGGCGCUCAUAUGAUGACUUCAUCGGACAGCCUAUGUUCUACCCCGGUUUCAGUGAAGAAAUGAAAGCCCGGGUGCUCAGCAAUCCCAUGCUGGUGACAAAAGUUCGGGAAUUGGCCGAGAAGCGAGUUCAAGUAGAAGCGAAGGAGGGGCUAUUGGGCGACGAAAUCAUGAAUGGUGGAGAAGGGAGAGGUCAUGGCAAGGGAGACAAAAAGAGGAAGAGGCGCAUACACAUUGAAGAAUCACUCAUGGAAGUCUGCGAUACCAUGACAGACAACAUGAUAUGUAAGAUGGAGAGCAAUCGCUUCAUCCGCGGCGCAUACUACCUGGCUACUCAACUCUUGACGCGCGCAUAUCAUCAAGGCGUUCACGUUUCGAGCGAAGAAGUUCUCAGACUCCGCGAGGUAGCCAAGGAAGCCGAGAAGAAGAAACAGUCAAUUAUCUUCUUGCCGUGCCAUCGUUCCCAUGUCGAUUACGUUUCACUCCAAAUCAUUUGCUUUCGCAUUGGACUCGCGCUACCGACCAUCAUCGCAGGUGACAAUCUGAAUUUCCCACUGAUGGGCUCAUUUUUACAGCAUGCCGGUGCUAUGUGGAUUCGACGGAGCUUCGGGGACGACCAACUCUAUUCUACGCUGGUCCAGGCUUAUAUCGAUACCUUAAUGCAGAACGGCUAUAACCUCAAAUGUUUCGUAGAAGGAGGCAGGAGCCGUACAGGGAAGAUGUUGCCACCGAAGUUUGGCAUAUUAAGCUACAUGCUGGAUAGUGUGGCUAGUGGAAGAGUGGAGGAUGCCAUCAUAUGCCCAGUUUCCAUGCAAUAUGACAAGGUCAUUGAAGUGGAUUCGUAUAUCAGCGAACUACUUGGCCAGCCAAAACCGAAGGAGAAUCUUAAAGAUUUUCUCUCUGCAUCCUCGGUCUUAUCGUUAAAGCUUGGAAGGGUUGACGUGCGGUUCCAUGAGCCUUGGUCGAUAAGGAAAUUUAUUGACGCGCAACAUGAUCGCUUCAGCAGGCUACCGAAGCGGCUGGAUUUGAAGGAUGAACGUAUACGGAUAUUGAGGACACUGGGAUAUAAAGUUCUUUCCGAUAUCAAUGAUGUCUCUGUCAUUAUGCCCACCGCACUAGUUGGCACCGUCUUGUUAACCCUCAGAGGGCGAGGUGUAGGGAAGUCUGAAUUGAUACGACGAGUCGAAUGGCUAAGUGAGCGUAUUAAGGCACAGGGAGGCAGAGUCGCACAUUUUGCUGGACUACCGACAAGUGUCGUCGUUGACAGAGCUCUUGAAGUACUUGGACCAGGCCUGGUGGGACUGGUCGGCGGGCUGCCGGAAGACACUUACUAUGCUGUAGACAGAUUCCAGCUCUCCUUCUACCGCAACAUGACUAUCCACCUCUUCAUCCUUCACUCCCUUGUCAGCACCGCACUCUACACGCGUGUGAAACUCGGCGGCGGUCCCGAAUACCAACGCAUAACCUAUUCCGACCUCCGCGAUCAAGUCCACUUCCUCUCCCAACUCUUCCGUGGAGAAUUUAUCUUCCCAACCGAAGGCCUUGAGCACAACCUCGCCCAAACCAUUACCUCCCUUGAAUCCGACGGCGUUAUCACUGUCACACGUGACCCUACAAACCCAUCCAUUGUCUCCACCGUCGAGCUUAGCAGUGCCGAGCGCUCUUCCGGCCGCGAGAGUUUCGACUUCUACUGCUUCCUCAUCUGGCCCUUCAUCGAAGCCGCCUGGCUCGGCGCCAUAUCUCUCGUGAUGCUAACUCCCCCCUCGCAGCCUUCCACCACGUCCACUACCCCUGAAAUCCCCUGGCUCGACCUCAAAAAAGUGCAGGACCGCGCCCAACUCCUGGGCAAAACGCUCUACCACCAAGGCGACCUUUCCUACUUCGAAGCCGUCAACAAGGAAACGCUCAAAAAUACAUACACGCGUUUCGAAGAGGAAGGCAUGAUCCUCGUUUCGCGAUCCCGCGAUUCGAAAAUCCCUUCGUCGAUCCGUCUCGCUGAUGCGUGGAUCCCGACGCGUUCUGCCCCUGCCAAUGGCUCUAAUGCAACUUCCAUCGAAGCAAAAGGUCUCCUCUGGACGUUCGCGGAGCGCAUCAGCGGCAGCAGGAGGGAAGGCAAGAACCGCCGCGAUGGUGCGACCGUCAAGAGUCGCGUUUUGAGCCUUGCGGAUCGCGUUGGUUCUGAGCUGUGGGAGGGCGACGCAGUUGUGAGGGCUAAAGAUGGGACGGCUGCGGAUGAGGAGGAGCAGAGGAGGGGUGCGCUUUUGAAGGCGAGUCGGGCUAGGGGGAACAGUGUGGCGUGGAGAGGGCUGGGCUCUUCUGCUCCUUCGUCGGAGGGACCUAUUGCGAAACUUUGA